CUUGACCUCCGCAAAGGGGAAGCACCGGCGCACGUACAGGGCCUGUGCGCCUGCGCCGUGGGUGAGGGACGCCCGUUGGUAAAAGGAUGACGGGUUUCCGGAAGUCCACUCUUCACCCGGAAAUGGUUGUAGAGGAACAUGGCGUUGCUGGUGAGAGUCCUUGGGAGGCAGACAAGCAUCUCCCAGUGGGUUCCAGUAUUCAGCCAAUUGGUACCAUUGUCUCCUACCCAAGGACAGUGGGGCAGGAUGCCGUCUGGAACUUCCCAGUGGCCCCAGUUGAGCCAAUCCCUAAGAUGUGCUAUGUCAGGACAGAUUCCUGGAAUAGACAUACAGCUGAGGAGGAAGUAUCACAUCACAAGUAAGCUUCUAGCUGCCAAAGAUUCUCCACAGCAAAUUGAGGAAAAGGUUGGUGCCUUCACGAAGAUAAUAGAAGCCAUGGGAUUCACAGGACCUUUGAAAUACAGUAAAUGGAAGAUUAAGAUUGCAGCCCUGCGCAUGUAUAGUAGCUGUGUGGAGAAAACUGACUUCGAGGAAUUCUUUCUAAGGUGUCAGUUGCCAGAUACAUUCAAUUCAUGGUUUCUUAUAACCCUACUUCAUGUCUGGAUGUGUCUAGUCCGAAUGAAGCAGGAAGGCCGGAGUGGGAAAUAUAUGUGUCGUAUCAUAGUUCAUUUUAUGUGGGAGGAUGUUCAGCAGCGUGGCCGAGUCAUGGGGGUUAAUCCCUAUGUCCUGAAGAAGAACAUGAUCCUCAUGACAAAUAAUUUCUAUGCAGCAAUCUUGGGAUAUGAUGAGGGGAUCCUUUCAGAUGAUCACGGGCUGGCUGCUGCUCUCUGGAGAACUUUCUUCAACCAGAAAUGUGAAGAUCCUCGACAGCUUGAGUUGCUGGUGGAAUACGUGAGGAAACAGAUACAGUAUCUGGACUCCAUGAAUGGCGAGGAUCUGCUUCUGACCGGAGAAGUGAGCUGGCGCCCUCUGGUGGAGAAGAAUCCUCAGAGCAUCUUGAAGCCCCACACCCCUACUUAUAAUGAUGAGGGUCUUUGAGGGGCUGGUCCUUCCAGGCUGCUGGCUAGGUGGCUUUGAGGAACUAUGGCAAGAGACGUGCUUGGUUGGUCCAGGACCCUGCAAGAAAGUGGCCUGAACUGACCUUUAAACAACAUCUGUCAAAUACCGGGCCCAUUUGUGUUGAUUUUCCUAUUAGUGUGUGUGCCCAGGAGUCUGAUCUGGUGGGGGUAUAAUGCUGAGAGAACCUCUAGAUCUUCUGAGGUAUUGCCUCCCACAAGAGGAGCCCGUAAAGCUGAUCUUGGUGGUGCACACCUGUAAUCCCAGCACUCUGGGAGGCUGAGGCAGGAGGAUUGCAAGUUCAAGCCCAGCCUGGAUAACUUAGUGAGACCCUGUCUCAAAUAACAGGGCUGGGGAUAUAUCAGUGCAAAAGCCCAUGGUUCAAUCUACAAUACUGCAAAAACAGUAACAAAAACAAUAGAGGAGCCCCAAGUAAGAGCCCCUAGCACAAGCUCCCCAAAUCCCUCCAGCAGCUUUUCCUAAAGGAAGGUGUACAGGGGUAAGAAAGGGGUUGUCAUCAUGCCCCUGCCCCAAGUCCUGCUGUGACCUAGGAGCUGUUUGUAAUGCUGCCAAGUCAAGACGGGUAGCCACACUCUGUCCCUGGCUUUGAAUCUUGCGAUUGAGUUGGCCAUUAAAAAAAACAGACUUAUCUCUGUCAUGGCUUUUCUUUAUUCUAGAGACUUUUUAGGAACUUUUGUGAGAUCGUGGCUGCCAGAAGCUAAGGAGCACUUCCCAGCUCAGAGACAGUGAAAGGGGAAAGGUCAGGGUCUCUGUUGUUGCUUUUGCCUUCUGUUUAUGAGAUGUGUCACUGUCUGGCCAAGGCACAGCCUGCCAGGCCCAUCCUCUGGUGCCCCAGAUGCCUCUGAUGUCCAAGGGCUUGUCAUUUAGAAGGAAGCCUCAGGGCUGGGCGUGGUGGUGCACCACUGUAAUCCCAGCACUCGGGAGGCUGAGGCAGGAGGAU